AUGGCGGCGCGCCAAUGGCGGCGCGGCCCGCGCGGGGAUUUCCAGGUCCGGCGGCGGCGCGGCCUCGGGGGGCGGCGGCGGAACCGGCACCGGCAGCUCCGGGCCCAGCGGGACCGGCACCGGGACCCGCGGCGGGACCGGGACCCGCACCGGGACCGCCACCGGCACCGGGACAUGGCGCUGCCGCUCGGAGCGGCCGUGCAGGAUCCCGGGCUGGCGAUGGCUCACGGAGCACCGGGCACAGAUGAUUUGGAAAUCCUGGAGGAGGUGAUGAAGGAGGACGGCUUCCAGCCGGACGCCGCUCCCGAGGUUCCCAAAUCCCUCCCCAAGCUGGUCCCGCGCGGCUCCGAGCCCGGCGCUGCCCGGGAGCCGCCGCUCGCCCGCAGCCUGCGCGGGCUGUCCCUGCACCCGCCACCGGCACCGGCACCGGCACCGGGACCGGGACCCCGCUGGUGCCCGGCGGCGGGAGCGGCGCGGGAAAAGCUGGGAAAGCUGGAGAAGGUGGAGAAGGUGGAAAAAGCCGGGAAGCCGCGGUUGGUGAUCACGGAGCAGCCGAAGCAGCGCGGGAUGCGGUUCCGGUACGAGUGCGAGGGGAGAUCGGCCGGGAGCAUCCUGGGGGAAAACAGCACCGAGGGCAGCAGGACCCUGCCCAGCAUCGAGCUGCUGGACUGCCAGGGGAUCCCGGAGGUGGCGGUCACGGCGUGCCUGGUGUGGAAGGAUUGGCCCCACCGGGUGCAUCCCCACGGGCUGGUGGGCAAGGACUGUGCCCAGGGGCUGUGCCGGGUGCUGCUGCGGCCCCAGAGCAACCCCAGACACAGUUUCAGCAACCUGGGCAUUCAGUGUGUGAAGAAGAAGGAAAUUGAAGGUGCCAUCGAGAAGAAGCUGCAGCUUGGGAUUGACCCCUUCAGAGCGGGAUCCCUGCGGAACCACCAGGAGGUCGAUCUCAACGUGGUCAGGAUUUGCUUCCAGGCCUCGUUCCGGGACCGCGCCGGGAUCCCCCGGAGCCUCAGCCCGGUGCUGUCCCAGCCCAUCUUCGACAAGAAAUCCACGAACACGUCGGAGCUGCGGAUUUGCCGCAUGAACAAAGAGAGCGGCCCCUGCACGGGGGGGGAGGAGCUGUACCUGCUCUGUGACAAGGUCCAGAAAGAGGACAUCGCGGUGAUUUUCCGGCGGGAGUCCUGGGAGGCGCGGGCGGAUUUCUCGCAGGCCGACGUUCACCGGCAGGUGGCGAUCGUGCUGCGCACGCCGCCCUACGCGCACCUGGAGCUGCGCGAGCCCGUGCAGGUGGAGGUGUUCCUGCAGCGCCUGACGGACAGCGUGCGCAGCGAGGGCUUCCGCUUCACCUACCUGCCCCGGGACACCGACGCCUACGGGGUGCAGGUGAAGCGCAAGCGGGGAAUGCCCGACGUGCUGGAGGAGCUCUCGGGGUCAGACCCGUUUGGGAUCGAGGCCAAGCGCCGGAAGAAGCCCCCGGGGUACCUGGAGCACUUCAUCCCCCUGGGCCCCCCAGACGCCGCCUUCCCCCCGGACCCGGAGCCUCUGGAGCCCCUCCCCCAACUCUUCGCCCCCUUCGCCCCCCAAACUUUUCCCCCUUUUUUUUCCGCCCCGGAAUUCCCGGAAUUCCCGAUUUUCCCGGGCCCGGAGCUGCUGGCGGAGCCCCCCAAUGGAGACCCCCCCCCAAUUUCCAGCCUGGUUGGAUCCCACAUGUUCCCGGGGGGGGAGGGCUGAGAAUUCCCAAAAAAUUUCCCAAAAAAUUCCCCCAAAAAUUCCCC